AUGAUUGAAGAACGGCACAUGGGUGUUUUGAAUCGCAUCGAACAUUCCACUGAAGACAUUCUCAACAUCGCGGAAGAAACUGGCAGGGAUUUCGUCGUCAGUAUCAUUUCUAUGGCAAACCGAAGUGCAGUUCUUCCAACAGAAGAACAUUCUCAGCGAGACACGCCGUCACAUCAUCAUGAACCCAGUAUAAGAACGACUGCCCAGUAUGCCGGAUCUACCAAGAAGCAUGUGCCUGUUAUUGACAUAGAAUCGUUUCCCAAAGAAAACCCUAAACUGCAUGUUCCAACUCAAGACGCUCGUUUCUCAUCAGAUACCCAACCAAGUUCUCGUUUUUCUAACAAUUCACAGAAGAAAAAUGAACGUGCUCAAAAAAAUUCUUUCAAUUUGACAUCGAAAAAACAAUCAACUUAUUCUGAUCAUAUACCGGUGUUUCAUCGAAGCCCAAACAAAGAUUUAGCAAGCAACAAGAGGGCAUCUUCGAAAGGAAAUUCGAAAAAUUCUACGAAGUGCAUUCCAUCUUCACAAAUUUCUUCCAAAAGUAAAUUACCUCCGAAACCACAUGCCGCUUCUGGCAAAAUCGCGCUGACAAUAAACGAUGUUGGAGGAUCGUCAUCUAGGAAUACAAAAGGCCAUAACAUCGGCGAAAAUCGCCUGAUUAAAAAUCAGUCUUUAUUGCCAGAACCAUCUUAUUCGGAUUCGGAAACCGACACAUUGAAUAAUAAUGCAACUGAAUUUCAAUCUGAUAUCGACAUAAAAGAAACGGCGAUAGUAGACAUUCAAGAUUUUGUUGAAACUGUUGAUACUGUGACACAAGAAACAGAAACACAUCCAGCAACAGACCAACUACCGAUUGAUAGCGAGAUAAAAACUCCAGCUCAUUCUGAAAGUCCAUUCGUUACAACAGAUGAUAUUGAAACUAGUUCGAACUGCAUGGAUUCUCCAGCUUGUGUGGAGCAGAAGACUGUGCACGUCACAGCGAAUGACAAGGAUCCCAAUGAGAACACCAUGAGUUCUAUUGCUUCUACAACGCAGGAGGCAGAUGUAUCGAAUGCCUCAACAUAUGGCAAUGAAUUCCGUGGGAAUCCCACAAAUUCAAUUGCGCCUGUAACGGGAAAGACUAUGUGUAAACAACAAUCAAUUGAAGCUGAGAUAUUGUGUAAUGCGAAUCAAUCAGCGAUUUUGAAGGCUCCCAAAGCAGUGAACACAAAACCUGUUAAUACAAGAGCCUCUUCAAAAAAUCGGAAGUCUGUACCAAAACAAACGGAAUAUGAUCCGAAGGAAGCGGAAGACGUCGUAAAAAGAAGCAAAUCUGAGUUUGAAGCUAAGAAGAAAUUCACAAUGUUUUUACCAGAAGCUUUCAAUAAUAGCUCAUUCUCGGAAUCAACACUUGAGCAGUUGUAUGGGAGGUUCAAUGUUCGCAAUGUUAGGGUUCACUAUAACAAUAAAGGAGAACGUCUAGGAUCUGGAACUAUGGUAGUAGUAGAAGACUACACUGAAGGCGUUAAAAACUGGGUUCCUGAUCGUGAUUGGCGAGCAUUGCGAAUGAUGCCAUUGAGAACACGCGACAUGAUUCGACAUUCGGAGGCAAUCGUCAAAAUAUACUUGGAGUUUCAAUCGCAUAUCCUCUGGACCGAAGAAAAAAUUGAGGUAUUCAUUCCCACAGGGUAUUCAUAUUUAUGGUUUGCAAAGCGUUUCAAGGAAAAACUUCAAGAUGAAUUUCAUGCUACCGACUUCAAACUCGUUUACGACGUCAAUGGUCAAUGUAUGAAAGUUGCGAUCAUUCUUCUGACAUAUGCUAAUGCAGAAACGUUGAAUAAGGUCCUGCGAUGUAAUGAAGUAUUCGACCCCAAACUACGCAUAAGAAUGCUGGAAUUCCCAUACUCAUGGUUGUCAUCAGCUGUCAGUUGGUCAUUGAUUCCCAUUCAUCUAUUCGGAAUUCUUUAUGUUUUGAUUGCAUUCAACUUCCGUCCGUCUCAUAAUCCAGAACGGUCGUAUCUCAAAGAUUGGUACUACUACAAUUGUGUAUUCCAAUUGGGUCUCGGUCUUCUGAUGAUUCCAGAUAUUUUGAUUAGUUUAUCCAGUGGAUGGCAUUAUUCCGUCUGCCAAUCAGGGUCAUUAUAUACUGGUGUUUUGUCUGGAAGUGUAGUUUUCGUCUGGACAAUAACCAAAGUCAUUGAUCUUUUCGAGACAAUGCUUCUACUUUAUGAUGCUCGUCGUCCACUUACAAUUCAUAUCAUUCAUCAUUUUCUGUCUCUUUCGUAUGCUUUCACUUUCUAUUCUCUCAAUUUUGCAAUUCAUCGUUGGAUUGUCUUCUUCAAUUUGACUGCUCACGUCUUCCUCUAUGCAUAUCUAUCUGGAUUCAAAAUUCUCAAUCGGUGGACCCCUUGUUGGGUUGCUGUGUGUUCAUCACAGAUGCUACAACUUAUUCUUCCAUUUAUUGCAUCCUUAUCAGCUGCUGCUAAAAUGGCACGUGGAACACAGUGUGAUGCAAAUGCAUUCGGAAUCCUGACUUUACAAAUCGGACUUGGAGUCAUGAUUAUCCUUUUUGCUGAUUUCUACUGGUCACGUCUUCAAGAAUUCCGUCGAAAAAACAUGAAGAAGGAACAAAGAGAGAAAGAGGAUGAGAGCCCAAAAAAGAAAAAAAAAGAAGAAUCAAUGUUCAAAAAACGACCAUCUGAUGAGACAGUCCUAUUUGAGAAUGACUUUCCUGAACUGAGAUCUGUUGUGUUCUCACCGUGA